AUGACUGUCUUUCCUUCUUUACCUUUAGAUUGUCUUGAAGAAAUUUUAGGUUAUCUUAUAGAUGAUCAAAAUACCCUUUAUUCAUGUAUUCUUUCAACUCGCCUCUUUUGUAAAUUAUCUAUCCCUUUACUAUGGUUUCAUCCUUUCAAAACUAAACCGACUAAUCAUAAAUCAUACACCAUUAUCUCAGUAUUAGUAUCUUCUCUCUCCAAAGAAGUUAAACGAUCUUUAAUAAAAGAAGGCAUUAAAAUCCCUUCAGAUUUGUCCAAACCUUUAUUUGAAUACACAAAUUAUAUUCAAGGGUUUGAUACUGGACACUUUCAAAUGGCCAUAUAUAAAUGGUUAAAUGUUUAUAAUAAACCUAAUAAAACUAAUAAACAACCUAUAAAAUAUUUUAUUGGUUUCAUGGGAAAUAUAAUUGGAAAUUAUAUAGUUAGUGUUUCGCGCGGCAUAAAAUUUCUUACUUUAAAUUAUGACAUAGAUUAUUCCUCCCAAAAUUCGGUUGAACGAUCAAACAUCGAAAAUCUCAUGAACAUUUCUUCUUAUUAUGGAAUAGAAAAUAGAUUAAGUCAUCUUAGAGAAUUAAAGAUUAAAACUAAACAUUCUCAAGAUAUAGAAUUUUCUUUAGAAAUCUAUAUAAUCACUCGAUACGCAAUAAACAUUAAACAAAUAAUUGUUGAUACUCAUUAUAUAAUUGAUGAUUUAUUUUAUCAAGCAAUUUCACAUUUAAUAUCCAUACAAAAAAAUCUUAAUUCUUUAAGAUUAGCAGAAAGAUGGGAUGACACAGCGACUCCUUUAGUAUAUAAAGCAAUUCAAACUCAAGCAAAAUCAUUGACAACUUUAGAAUUAUCGGAAUUUAGAAAUUUACAAGCAUUAAUACAUCUUUUGGGAAAUUGCUCUAAUUUAGAAACAUUAUUCUUAACAGAACAUUUUAGUAUUGUAAAUGCUCAACAAAUGUAUGAUUCAAUUAAUCAUUUACCAUCAAUUUAUAUCAAACAUUUAAAAGCAUACAAUAUUUCAUUUCCAAAAAUUUCAGAUUACACUUUAAUGAUUCAAACACUUAUUCAAUUAGCAAAUCAACAUUUAAACACUAUUAUGUUACAAUAUUCUGAUUCUAAAAUUAUUAAUAAUAUAGGUCAUUUUUGUCCACAAAUUACAUUUUUAUCUUUAACUGUUACCUUUGAUGAAUUUCCUUCUCUUUGUGAAAACCUUCCUUUAUUAACUUCUCUUGAUUAUUUACAUUUAGUAUUCGCGCAUAUAGAAGGUUCCAUUGGUUAUAUUGAUCCAAUUCUUCCAUCAAAUGAAACUUUAGAAAAAUUAGCUAAAUCUUUUCCACCAAACUUAAAGUAUUUAGCAAUUUAUUUUGGUAUUCCUCCGUGCAAAAGAUCAAUUUUUGACCUUCCAAAUAAAUUAGGUAAAAUUCUUCGUAAUAUAAAAAAUCCUCUCGAAAAAUUAGACAUAUAUAAUGAGAUGGAUCUGGAAUUAAUGGACGUGAUCAUUGAAUAUGCAACUGAAAUUGGAGGAUUAAAAAAAUUAGGAAUCGUUGAUGGAUGGCGAAAUGACAAUUUAUUUGAACAAGUCAAAGAUGUAAUUGAGAUUAUCGGUAAAGCUUACGUAUUUGGUAUCAAAUAUGAAUCUUUUCAUAUUGAUGAAUUACGAGCUUUCCAAAAAUCUUAG